AUGGUGUGCUCUUCUUUAGGUAUACAUGUUGUGGGGGUUACAUGCCUUGUAGCGGUCGAUGUGGAGAAAGUAACUGCCCUGAAUUUUGUCUUUGCACAGAGGUUUUCCUCUGCUUUGCAAAUUCUGUUGCCUCAACACGCUUUAUGUUGUAAGAUGAGUUCAAUAUACAAACAACGAAAUGUGAUAACUGCAUUAUUGUACUCUCUUGCUCUCUAUCUCCCAUCCAAGCACGAGUGCUUAGGAUUUAUGUUCUGCCUGCAGCAGCUGGCUUGCAUAUUUUCUAUCAUUGCUCUACUCGUAGGAACUGGGGACAUUGAGGAGGCAUCCCAGCUAUUGAACUGUCUUUCUGACAUGACACAGCACAAGACUGAAAUGGAUAAAAGGGAUGGAAAGUUUGGAGCACCAUCAGUGAUGGCAGUGCCUCCUGUUCAACAGAUGUCUCGUAUAGAUCAACCUGUCCCUCCUCAAGUCGGGUAUCCAUCCCCACUACCAUAUGGUCAGCCCCCCAACUAUCUUCCACCUGUGUAUGGUAUGCCCCCGGGUUAUCCGACCUCCACCAGUCUAUGGCCCGCCCACAGGCUAUCCCCCAACUCCUCCAGGCUAUGGCCAUCCCCCUGGUUAUCCUUCACCGCCACAACCACUAGCUGA